AUGGCAGAGCGGCGGGCGGGGGUCAAGGCAAGAGCCCUCAUCGUGUCGGUGGGCAAGUUCCACUCUCCCUCCGGCCUCGGCCACAGGAAGGGGGCAGAGACCGACACCAAGAGACUCCACCACGUCCUGUACAAGCUGGGCUUUGAGGUGGUGAUCAGGAUGGACAUCACCGCGAGGGACAUCCUGCGGGAGUACAGGCGAGAAUCUCGUCAGAACCACGGGCCGAGUUUUGUCUCCAUUGUCUCGAGCCACGGAGAGGACGGAGUGAUUUACGGAGCAGACGGCGAGCCAGUGCACCUCCGGGACAUCUACUCCAUGUUCACAGAGAAGAACUGUCCGUCACUGGCGGGGAAGCCAAAGAUCUUCUUCAUUCAGGCCUGCAGAGGGGGAAAUCUGGACGACGGUGUGUGUGUGGAACAGAUUGAAACAGAUAGUUGCAGCGCUCAGCAGGAUUUCUUCUCUCACUACCUGGCGAUACCCGACGAUACCGCCGUCCAUUUCUCCAGCUGUCCAGGUUACUGUUCCUUCUUGCGCCCGUCUGGUUCUGCGUUCCUGCAGACCCUGUGUGAGCUACUGUCUGGGGAGCAGAGACACUGGGAGCUCCUUCGGAUCAUGACUCAUGUGAACUGCCGGGUUGCCCUGAUGUUUGAGUCCAGGGGCCGAUAUGGGGGCAAGAAACAGAUGCCUUGUUUCAUCAGCAAGUUACAAGAAGAGGUGUAUCCCUUCUCCGACAGACCCGCAGCAGAAAGAGAACCCAGUUCUCCCUGA